UUCCGUUUUAUAUCCAUCACGCACAGAAACCAUGGGGGACACAAUGAACUUCUCAAUACCUGCCGAGCUGCAGAAGCUGCUUGACGAUCUUGACAAAUUCAUCGAAGACAAAAUCAUGCCAUUGCAGAACAAAGAUGAUAAUAAUCGAUUUUUCGACCAUCGACGCGAACAUGCGCGGACGGACUGGGACAAUGGCGGCCUGCCUCGCAAAGAGUGGGAGGACUUACUCCACGAAUCGAAACGCCUCGCAGAGGAGGCAGGAUACUUCCGACUUUCGCUUCCAAAGCAGUACGGCGGGCGAAGCGAUGAAGAUGGGCGAGGCAGCAAUUUGUGGAUGGCCGUCAUAAGAGAGCACCUCGCGGCCAAAGGGCUUGGCCUGUUCAAUGAUCUGCAGAAUGAACAUUCUAUUGUCGGCAAUGCCCCAGACGUUGUGAUGGUUAUGAACUAUGGAAACGAGCAACAGAAGAAAGAACUGAUUCAAGGUCGAUUGGCUGGGAAAGUCAGGAUCACUUUUGGACUGACGGAGCCCGGCCACGGGUCAGAUGCGACCCAUAUGGAGACCAACGGGAGACCCGAGAAGAGGAAUGGUGUUGAUGGGUGGCUUCUAAAUGGCUACAAAAAGUGGCAAACAGGCAUGCAUGCGGCAACGCAUUGCUUCAUUUUUGCGAGAACGCAGGGCAAAGACGGACAGGCUAAAGGAAUAUCUUGCUUUGUCGUGCCUCGCGAAACGCCGGGUCUCGAAGCAGUAUCCUAUGAAUGGACACUCAACAUGCCCACAGAUCAUGCCACUAUUUCCAUUAAGGAUGUUUGGGUACCCAACAGUGCGAUCCUUGGACCAGUCCAUAACGGACUAGGCGUAGCACAGGCUUUCGUGCACGAGAAUCGCAUUCGACAAGCUGCAUCCUCACUCGGGGCCGCUGUUUAUUGCGUGAAACAAUCUGUUGAGUAUGCCAACCAGCGGGCACCUUUUGGUACACCAUUGUCCCAUAACCAAGGGGUCCAGUUUCCACUGGUAGAACUAGCUACCCAAUGUGAGAUGUUGCGACAAUUGAUCAGAAAAACAGCCGUUGAGAUGGACUCCAUGCCACAUGUGGAGGUGGAGAAGAGAAUUGGAGAUAAAGUCUCAAUGUGUAAUUACUGGGCAAACCGUCUGUGUUGUGAAGCUGCUGAUCGGGCGAUCCAAGUUCACGGCGGAAACGGUUAUUCGAGGCAUUAUCCAUUCGAGCAUAUUUGGAGGCAUCAUAGGAGGUACAGGAUAACGGAAGGGAGCGAAGAGAUUCAGAUGCGCAAGGUAGCAGCUUAUCUGUUCGGCUUCGGUGGUCGAAAGAGCCUGGUGGAUGCCACAGCCAAGGAGUCGAAGUUGUAG